AGCUGGUCGUGCUCCUGUUCCUCGCCUCUCUCACUCCCUGUUCGAGGUGACUGAAGCCCCCCCGUGACAGUUUGCGCUGUGUAUGGGCAGAUGCUUCGUACAGCAGGUUCUUGAGCUCUUGGCAAGGACGGUGGCGGUGUGGGGCAACAGGUGGCCCGGGUCCUGGACGGUGUUCAGUUCGACACAAGAUCGGUAAUGGGCAAUGAUAGUCUGAAAUGAAGAUGAGUCCAUUUCCUUGCGUGUUUGGCUUGUUACUUUUUCUGCAGUCUUUAUCUCUGGGUCUGACAUACAAUCAGCUACCUUAUUUCUUGAAUUACUACUUCGAUCAAUAUAUUUUAAUCUAUGAAAAUGUCUCUGUUGGAACCUCCAUAACCAAACUGUGGGCCAGAGAUCCGGACAAUGACACGCUUGUGUUUGGCGUUGCCGGGGAAGAAGCCAGCAAAUACUUUGCAGUAGAAAGUGAGAGUGGUGUCGUGUGGCUUCGUCAGCCUCUGGAUAGAGAGGUGGUAUCAGAACUUCAAGUGGAGUUUUCUGUCAGUGAUAAGCAAAGUGUGAUUAAAGGCAUUGUCAAUAUUCAAGUAGGUGAUGUCAAUGACAACCCACCUGUAUUCCACAACCAGCCCUACAGUGUACGAAUCCCUGAGAACACACCAGCAGGGACACCGAUUUUCAUAGUGAAUGCCACGGACCGCGAUCAGGGAACCGGGGGCAGUGUGCUGUAUUCCUUCCAGCCUCCGUCGCGCUUUUUCGCCAUUGAUGGAGCCAGGGGAGUGGUGACGGUUCAGAGACCACUGGAUUACGAGACCACUCGAGCCUACCAGCUGCAAGUCAAUGCAACGGACCAGGACAAAGACCACCCCCUGUCGACACUGGCUAACCUCGCGAUCACCAUUACAGAUAUCCAGGACAUGGACCCAAUUUUCAUCAACCUUCCUUACAGUACAAACAUACAUGAAAACUCCCCUCCAGGUAAGACAGUACGAGUUAUUACAGCGCUGGAUCAAGACAGAGGAAGACCCCGUGGGAUUGGUUACACCAUUGUUUCAGGUAAUACCAACAGCAUCUUUGCCUUGGAUUACAUCAGUGGAGCUUUAACUCUCAAUGGCCCUCUGGAUCGAGAAAAUCCCCUCUAUAGCUCGGGGUUUACGUUGACUGUGAGGGGAACUGAACUAAACGAUGACCGGACACCAUCAAACGCGACCGUCUCUACCACGUUUAAUAUCCUGGUCAUUGACGUCAAUGACAAUCCACCAGAAUUCAACCGGUCUGAAUACAGUGUCAGCAUCACAGAACUGGCCCAGGUGGGCUUUGCUCUCCCACUCUUCAUCCAGGUGCAAGAUAAAGAUGAUAAUCUAGGUUCCCACAACAUGUUUGACGUCCAGCUCAUUGGAAACAACUCGGACCACUUCACCAUCCCCACCUCCGGCCAGGGCAAGAUCGAUAUCCGGAUGCGAGUGGCCGUGCCCCUGGAUUACGAGCACAUCGCUCACUACGAGUUUUCUCUCUUUGCGAAUGAGACUUUCUCGGAUCAUGUUGGUUUUGCUCGAGUGAAGAUUGACCUCAUCAAUGAAAAUGACAACAGGCCAGUAUUCAGCAAGCCUCUUUACAACGUGAGCUUAUAUGAGAAUGUCACUGUUGGAAUCACGGUCGCUGAUGUUAUUGCAACAGAUAAUGACAUUGGAAGCUACGGAAACAUCCAUUAUUUCUUCAGUGAUGACCCUGACAGGUUUGCAAUUGACAAGGAUACUGGCAGGAUAACGCUGAUCAGGAGUCUGGACUUCGAGACAACGCGGCGGUACACUUUAACCCUAAUAGCCAAAGAUGGUGGUGGAGAGGAGACCACUGGCCGCCUGCGCAUUAACGUGCUGGAUGUCAACGACAACGUCCCCACCUUUCAGAAGGAGACGUACCUGGGAACAAUUCGAGAGAAUGAGGCAGCUCCAGUGCAGGUGGUCCGAGUCCGAGUGAUUGACGAUGACUCUCCGCCAAACAACCAGAUCGCAUACAGCAUUUUCAACGCCUCCAUUCUGAGCAGCUACUUUGAUAUCGGAGUGUCAGAGGGCUAUGGGGUUGUUAUUGUCACAAGGCCCAUUGACUUUGAGCAGGUACCAGGAGGGUUUGUCUACCUGACUAUCAUGGCUAAAGAUGCUGGGACUCCUCCUCUCUAUAGUACGGUGCCCGUGAUUGUUGAAGUUUUUGAUGAAAAUGACAAUUCUCCAACUUUUAGCCAAUCUUCCUAUGUUAUGGCAGUCCCUGAAAACAUCAUCGCAGGAGCCACGGUAUUGUUCGUAACAGCAUCUGAUUUGGACCAGUCACGGGAGUACGGGCAGGAGUCGAUAAUCUACUCUCUGGAAGGAUCCUCAUUGUUUCGUAUCAAUACUCGCUCAGGAGAAAUAACAACGACUUCACUGCUGGACAGAGAGACCAAAUUUGAGUACAUCCUGAUAGUCAGAGCAGUGGAUGGAGGUGUAGGGAACAACCAGAAGACAGGAAUAGCCACAGUGAACAUAACUUUGCUUGACAUUAAUGACAAUCGCCCAAUUUGGAAGGAUGAACCAUACCUGGUCAAUGUGGUUGAAAUGUCGCCAGCUGACACGGAUGUCAUCACUGUGUCGGCCUUUGACCCAGACCUGGCUGAGAAUGGCUCUGUGGUGUACACUAUCAACCCUCCCAAUCCUUUCUAUCGAAUAAACAGAACCACAGGGAAGAUUCGGACUUCAGGAGCAGUGUUGGACCGAGAGAAUACGGAUGCCAACGACGCUGAAAGGAUGAGAAAAAUCAUUGUCUCAGUCACAGACCAGGGAAGGCCAGCUCUCCAAGCGCGCAGCAGUACCAUUGUUUCUGUGAACCUGUUGGAUCUCAAUGACAAUGACCCAGCUUUCCAAAAUUUGCCAUUCACUGCUGAAGUGCCAGAAGGCUUGCCUGUAGCCUCGUCCAUUUUUCAGGUAUCUGUGCUGGAUCCAGAUGAAGGUUUGAAUGGAUUGGUUACUUACUCAAUGCAAGUGGGCAUGCCCAGAUUGGACUUUGUGUUGAACUCCAGCACUGGUGUAAUCACCUCCACCACAGUGCUGGACCGAGAGAGGAUAGCAGAGUAUCAUCUGAGGUUAAUAGCCAGUGAUGCAGGGGCAGUGCCGAGGAGUUCCACCAGCACCCUAACUGUAAGAGUGAUGGAUGUCAACGAUGAGACUCCGACAUUCCACCCAGCUGUUUACCGCAUCUCUCUACUGGAGGACGUGCCCAGAGAUUACAUGGUUGUUCACCUCAACUGUACCGAUGCAGAUACUGGUCUUAAUGCCGAGCUCAGUUACUUCAUCACAGGUGGAAACAAUGAUGGAAAAUUCAGCGUUGGCUUUAGAGAUGGAAUUGUCAGGACUGUGGUGAACCUGGACAGAGAGACCCAAGUUUCUUACACACUCAUUUUGGAAGCUAUUGAUAACGGGCCCACAGACGGCAGAAAGACUGGGACGGCCACAGUGUAUGUCACGGUGAUGGAUGUCAAUGACAACCGACCCAUCUUCCUGCAGAACACCUACGAGGCCAGUGUCCCCGAGAACAUCACAGUGUCUGCUAGCGUGCUGCAGGUAGAAGCCACUGAUGCAGAUGAAGGAGAUAAUGGGAAGAUUUGGUACAGAAUCCUCUCAGGAAAUUCCAAUGAUAACUUCCAGAUGGACCAAGCCACUGGACUUAUCUCCAGAGGAAACCACCCACUGGACAGAGAGAGCAGCACUACCCAUGUGUUGGAGGUUGAAGCUUACAAUAGUGACUUUGGGAGGAUGAGGAGCUCUGUCAGAGUCAUCGUGUACGUAGAGGAUGUGAACGAUGAGGUGCCUGUUUUUACCCAGCAGCAGUACAACCGACUGGGCUUGAGAGAAACAGCAGGGAUUGGCACAUCAGUGAUCGUGGUCCGAGCAACCGAUGGGGAUACGGGUAGUGGGGGUAUAGUAGCCUAUACAAUUUUGACUGGGUCAGAAGGGAAGUUUUCCAUUGAUGAGAGUACAGGCCUCAUCACUACAGUUGAUUACCUGGACUAUGAAACCAGCACAAGUUAUUUGAUGAACAUCUCUGCCACGGACCAGACUCCACCUUACAACAAGGGUUAUUGCACUGUGUACGUCACCCUGUUAAAUGAAUUGGAUGAACCUGUGCAGUUUACGAAUGCAACGUACGAAGCUACGAUUACAGAGAACAUCGCAACUGGGACUGAGGUGGUUCAGAUUCAAGCCCGUUCUGCUGAUAACAUGAACCUGAUCACCUACAGAUUCGACCCCGACACCUCUGCUCAAACUCUGUCGCUGUUCCAAAUAAACAGAGUCACCGGGGUAAUAACAGUCAGAGGUCAUGUGGAUCGGGAGAAGGGCGAUUACUAUCUGAUUACUGUCAUAGCAGAUGAUGGUGGACCCAGAAAAGACUCCACUGUGGUAAUCAUUACUGUGGCAGAUGAGAAUGACAAUGACCCCGUGUUUGAUGCGAGUUCUGAUUCCUCAGUGGAGGUACAAGAGGAUGCUCCUAUUGGCAAGCGGGUAGCUGUUGUCUCGGCACAGGAUCUGGAUGCUAAGGAGAACGGACUGGUUAACUUCACUAUUCUGUCUGGAAAUACUAAUGGAGCAUUUCAGAUGAGCACUACUAACAGAAGUCGUGGAGCGAUCUACCUUGCUAAACCUCUGGACAGAGAACAGACUGACAGAUAUGUGUUAACAGUUCAGGCCUUUGACAAUGGUUCGCCACCACGCAAGACAAAUCACAUUAUCGCCAUUACAGCUGUGGAUGUCAAUGACAAUGCCCCAGUUAUCGUAAACCCUGGCAGCUACAACAUCAGCAUUUAUGAGAAUGUCGGAGGAGGUACCCCGGUCACCAGAGUUCGAGCUAUGGACAUGGAUUCCGGUGCCAAUGCUGUGCUCUAUUAUUACAUCACCCUGGGCAACGAAGAUCUCACCUUCCGAAUCGAUCGGCUCACGGGAGAGAUAGUUACACGCCCUUCUCCUCCAGAUCGGGAGAGGCAGAGCUUUUACCAGCUGACAGUAACAGUAGAAGAUGACGGUACCCCUUCACUCUCAGUGACAACUACGGUGCUUGUAAAUAUUUUAGAUGAGAAUGACAAUCAUCCAGUGUUCCACCAACAACAGUAUGACAUCACCUUGAAUGAAGGUCUAUCAAGUUUGGAUGCUUUCAAUGUAAUCGUGAAUGCAACAGAUCAGGAUGAAGGGCCCAAUGGAACCAUUACAUAUGCCAUAGUGGAAGGGAAUAUUGACAACACGUUCGCCGUCCACAGUACCACAGGUCAAAUCAAGGCAGUAAAAGAACUGGACUAUGAGGUGUGCCAUGGCCGAUACACACUCAUCGUUACGGCCACCGACGAGUGUCCAAACCCAGUCCACCGCCUGACAUCCACCACCACAGUAAUUGUCAAUGUGAAUGAUAUCAAUGACGUGACCCCAAGGUUUCUUCAUCCGUAUGAAGGUCCAUUUGAUAUCACGGAAGGUCAACCUGGUCCGAGAGUGUGGACAUUCCUCGCGGAAGAUGAAGACUCCGGCCCAAAUGGGCAAGUGGAGUACAGCAUCAUAGCGGGCGAUCCCCUUAAUGAGUUCAUCAUUUCUCCAGUGGAGGGGGAGCUUCGUGUGAGGAGAGAUGCUGAGUUGGAUCGUGAGAGUGUGGCAUUUUAUAACAUAACCAUUAUGGGCAAGGACAGAGGAACGCCACCACUAAGCAGUACGGUACUGGUUGGAGUUCGUGUGUUGGAUGUAAACGAUAAUGAUCCUGUGCUCCAGAACAUCCCACUGAACUGCACCAUCAGUGAAAACACGGACACGUCCACAAGUGUGGCCAGGAUUCAGGCCACCGACAUUGACAGCGGUUCCAAUGCCCUCCUCACCUUCCACAUCACUGCAGGAAACACUGAUAAUGCCUUUUUUAUCAAUGAAACAAUCGGUGUCAUCUAUGUCAACCGACCACUGGAUAGGGAGCAGACUGCUGAAUAUCGUCUCACGAUAACGGUGAAAGACAGCCCAGAAAACCCAAGACAUGCUCGAAGAGAUUCAGAUUUCCUGACGAUCACCAUCUCGGAUGAAAAUGAUAACAGACCUGUGUUUACUCAAAGCUCUUAUCAAGCUGAAAUUUCUGAGAACCCAGCAGCAGGUGCACAAAUCACGCUGAUAAAUGGGCCCAUUUCAGCCUUCGACCGUGACGAGGGGCCAAAUGCUGUGGUUAGUUACCGAUUACUGGGGAACAGGACUGACUUCUUCACUGUCGACGGGAAUACAGGUGAGUUAUGUCCCUUCAGUCGCACACAAUAGGAACGCAAAACCAGAGCUCAUGAACACCUGGAGUUCACCUUGAUAGCAGAAGACAUUGGACUACUGAAGAGUGCAGCUGGGCUCACAGUAACCGUCCUGGACCAAAAUGACAAUGCACCAGUUUUUCACCCCCCCUCACUGACAGUACACGUUCGGGAAAACAGUCCUCAGGGCUUCAGUAUCGUUCAAGUAACAGCCAUAGAUGCCGAUGCUGGUGUGAAUCAACAACUGAGCUACCGAAUAGAGGGAGGCGCCCAGGAUAAGUUUAUCAUUGACCCGCCCAGUGGAGUUAUCAAGGUGGCCAAUGGAGUGACUGUAGAUCGAGAAGAAAAGGGCUCCUACACUCUUGUUGUGGUUGCGAUGGACCAUGGAACUCCACCAUUGUCAGCAAGCGCCACCGUGAAUAUCAUAAUAGACGAUGUCAAUGACUGCCGUCCUGAGUUUGUUAACCCUGUUCAGACCAUCAGCAUCAGUGAGUCAGUCACAGUCGGUGCCAUCAUUGCAAACAUUACAGCCGUUGAUCGUGACCUCCGACCUCGGCUGGAGUAUUACAUCAUCGAGCUCAUUGCAAAGGACGACACUGAUAAAGUGGUAGAGGAACGGCAGAGAGCUUUUGACAUCACUUUUCAAACAGGUGCUGUAUUUGUAAGAAGGCCUUUGAAUCGGGAACUGGUAGCAACCUAUGAACUCACUAUAUCAGUACAUGACAACGCCAGUGAGGUGGUCAGUCAUUCUGUCAGUGUUCCCAAUGCGAAGCUGACAGUGAAUAUCCUGGAUGUGAAUGAUAAUCCUCCGCGAUUCAGACCAUUCGGGGUGAAUAUCUUCACUGAGAGGAUUCUGGAGGGAGCAACAGCCGGGACAACGCUCCUUUCUGUGUCGGCCGUGGAUCCCGAUAAAGGUCCCAAUGGACAGAUCAGAUAUGAGUUGCAUCUCCCUCCUGGGGAUUACAUCAGGCUGGAGGAUCCUGCUGCAGGAAAAAUAGUUGCCAGCAGAACAGUGGAUUAUGAAGAGGUUCAGUGGCUGAAUUUCACAGUGCGUGCGGUGGAUCAUGGAUCACCAGCUCGAUCUGUUGAGGUUCCUGUUUAUCUACAGAUCCAGGACGUCAAUGAUAACAACCCUGUCUUUGUGCAGGCUUCUUAUCAGAAGCCAGUAUUCGAAGACGUCUCCUUGGGCACUGUAAUUCUUCAAGUCCGUGCUGUGGAUGCAGAUAACGGCGAAUUCUCACAGAUUGAAUACAGCCUUGUAGAUGGUGAGGGCAGGUUCGGAAUCAACCCUGAAACGGGAGAUAUUUACAUUCUGGCUGCACUCGAUCGGGAGAAAAAGGACCACUACACAUUGACAGCUGUUGCCAAGGACAACCCAGGUGACAAUCCAAGCAAUCGCAGAGAGAAUGCUGUGCAGGUGCUGGUAACUGUCCUGGACGUCAAUGACUAUCGCCCCAAGUUCUCAAAGAAUGUGUUUAGCACCAGUGUGUAUGAGAAUGAGCCAGGAGGGGCUUCUGUGGUCACCAUGACUGCUUCGGAUCUGGACGAGGGUGAAAAUGCGGAGUUACAGUACAGUAUUCAGGGAGCGGGAGCAGAGGCCUUUAGGAUUGAUGAAGACACAGCAGUGAUCACCACCACACGGCUCCUGGAAUCCUACGAGAGGUUUAAUUUGACUGUUGUUGCCACUGACAAAGGCAGGCCACCACUUUGGGGAACAACUCUGCUCAAGGUCGAAGUGAUUGAUGUUAACGACAAUCGCCCUGUGUUUAUCAGGCCCCCCAAUGGGACAAUACUACACAUCAUGGAGGAGAGGGACCCCGGGUUCAACGUGUAUGAAGUGUUGGCCACCGACAAUGACGAGGGUGUGAAUGGAGCUGUCCGAUAUGGCUUCCUUAAGACAGCAGUCAACAGAGACUGGGAAUAUUUCAGCAUCGACCCCAUCAGUGGAAUCAUCAACACCACAGCCAGAUUGGACAGGGAGAAGCAGGCUGUCUAUAACCUCAUUCUCCUGGCUUUUGACCUUGGGCAACCCGUUCCCUAUGAGACCACACAGCUUCUGCAAGUGGCUCUGGAUGAUAUUGACGACAAUGAGCCGCUCUUCCUCAAACCACCUAGAAGUUUACAGUACCAGCUCCUUUUUGUGGCUGAACACUCUGAUCCUGCCACGGUUGUCGGGAAUGUGACUGGAGCCAUUGAUGCAGAUGAGGGCCCCAAUGCUGUGGUUUAUUACUUCAUAGCAGCUGGCGAUCCGGACAAAAACUUCCAUUUGAACAGGAAUGGGCUGCUUAAGGUGCUGAAUGACCUGGAUCGAGAAACCAAUCCAUUUUACACCAUCAUUGUCAAGGCCUCGAGCAACCGGAACUGGAGGCCUUCAAGGCAGAGGAGUCAGGUUUUUGACCCCAGCACUGACCUCACACUCCAGGAGGUCCGAAUCUUCCUGGGUGACAUCAAUGACCAGCCGCCUAUAUUCACAAAGUCCGAGUACACAGCCGGUGUUGCAACUGAUGCUAAGGUUGGCUCUGAACUGAUCAGAGUGGAGGCACAUGAUGCUGAUAUCGGAAACAACAGCCUAAUCUUCUAUCAGAUUAUUAAUAUCCGCUACAUAAAGCUGCAGUUCAAUGAUUCUGAAGACGUUGGGAAUGUCUUCAUCAUAGGGGAACAUGAUGGCAUUGUGAGGACCUUCGACCUCUUCACGGCCUACAGUCCUGGGUACUUCCUGGUGGACAUCAUGGCAUCAGACCUAGCAGGACACAACGAUACGUCAGUGAUCGGGAUUUACAUUCUGCGGGAUGACCAGCGAGUCAAGAUCGUCAUCAACGAGAUCCCCGAGAGGGUGCGAGAGUUUGGCGAGCAAUUCAUUAAAUUGCUUUCCAACAUCACUGGAGCCAUAGUCAACACAGAUGAUGUGCAGUUUCAUGUUGAUCAGAAGGGCCGGGUGAAUUUCGCCCAGACAGAUGUUCUGAUCCACGUGGUGCACACGGAAACAACCGCAGUGUUCUCCUGUUGCAGGGUAAUACAAAUGAUUGACGAAAAUAAAGAACAAUUGAGGAAUCUAUUCCGGAAUUACAAUGUCCUCGAUGUCCAACCAGCUGUGACGGUCAGAGCGGCUAAUGAUAUGACGUCCUUGCAGAUGGCAAUAAUUAUUCUCGCAGUGUUACUUUUCCUGGCUACUAUGCUGUUCAUCUUUAUGAAUUGGUAUUACAGAACAGUGCAUAAAAGAAAGUUGAAGGCCAUUGUAGCAGGUUCCACUGGUAAUCAGGGGUUUAUGGACAUACUAGACAUGCCAAACACCAACAAAUAUUCAUUUGAAGGGGCAAACCCAGUCUGGCUUGAUCCUUUCUGCAGGAACCUGGAACUAGCGGCUCAGGCUGAGCAUGAAGAUGACCUGCCAGAGAACCUCAGCGAUAUCACCGACCUCUGGAACAGCCCAGCCAGGACCCAUGGCACAUUUGGACGUGAGCCACCCGCAUCGAAGCCGGAGGAUGAUCGAUACUUACGUGCAGCCAUACAGGAGUAUGACAGUAUUGCAAAACUAGGGCAGAUCAUGCGAGAAGGCCCCAUUAAGGGCUCCCUCUUGAAGGUGGUUCUGGAUGACUACCUGCGCCUGAAGAAAUUGUUUGCAGCUCGGCUGGCGUACAAAUCUACCACCAGUGGAGAUCAGUCAUCUGUGCUGGAGCUCAUUCCCAGCGACAUGGAAGACGAUGACGAAAAGCCCCCCAGCCGUGGAACCCUGCGGUUCAAGCAUCGGCACCCAGUGGAGCUGAAGGGACCUGAUGGAAUCCACAUGGUACACGGCAGCACUGGCACCCUGCUGGCUUCUGACCUCAACAGUUUGCCGGAGGAUGACCAGAAGGUCUUGGUUAGAUCCCUGGAGACCCUGAACACAGAGAGUGGGAGCUACAUGGACAGGAACGCCAGGACUGAGUCUGCAAAGUCCACUCCGUUGCACAAGAUGAAAGAAAGGGUCAGGGACAUCCCACUGGAGAUCACAGAACUUUGACAGCAGGACCUACCUUGUCUUUUAAUACAAGUGAUCGUUGGCUAAAGCCUAUGGGCAGUAUUCACUGGCUGGAGUAUUGCUGUUGGGGGAAGCUGUUCAAAAAGAGCCUUUAAUCUCCACCACCAGAAAGAUUUUGCCCCGGUGCGAACUAAAGCCAGAGGAUGUAUGGAAUCAUCGAGAUGAUUAAAUCUGGUGGAACCUGCCACGUGUAAACCGAUACCAUCAGCUUGAACUCAAAGUGAUGUAUGUGCGUGUACCUGAUGUGUGAAAACUUGUUCUCCCACCCCCACAGUUGUAGUUUUAAUUUCAAUGGCUCAACUUGGUCAAUAAAGACACAAGGAGCAAAACCCAAGUUUGAUAGAGAAAUCAUUGAAUUUCUCAGAAAGUAGUGAGGCAGAGUUUGUGUUUUGGGGAAUGUGGGUGGGGGGUGCGGGGGGGGGGGGGGGGGGUGUCCAUUAGAACUCUGGCUUGCCAGUGUAAAUCUGACAGGAUCAGGGACUUCUAAGCAAGCUGUCCUGACAUUCAUCAUAUGAAAACAUUUGGAAAUAAAAUAAAAGUGAUUGAGAAACUGUUUUGUCGUAGAAGGCCAGUGCCCUUACCUGACCCAAUUUCAAGGUGAUUCCAGUUGUGCACCAAUGCAGUUGACUCAUCUUCAAAGUGGCUAGAGUUGUGUCAAACUCCAACUUUCUCAGAGGAACAAACAAAAAACACUCACCUUGCCAGUGACACCCACAUCUGAGAUUGAAUCAAAACCAUUUGUUACUCAUGAAACAGCAAGACAAUGUAAUCAGGAAAACUCAACAAUCCUGUCCUAUUAGAUAAUGCCCAAGUCACAGCUUAAAUCCACUGGGCUAUCUUUUCAUUACCACUAUUUUUCUUAAGUUCUUUUAAACUGCAAUAAAUAGAAAGCCCUUUUCAAAGUAAGGCUACACAACUAUCAGUGAGUCCCUCAAGCCUGUUCCACCAUCCACACUGGUUAAUGUGCAUUUCUACUCCAUAUCCCUUCAUACCCUUGGUGAACAGAAGUCUCAGCAGUAAAUUAUUAAAUAAGUAUCUACUGCUAGUUGUGCAAGAGGGUUCCACACUUCUGUCACAGUUUAAGACUUAAUCACUCAUAUCAUCACCUAAUAAAUUCUCCUUAUGUGCUCCUAAACUUUGGCUACACAAUGGACAUUCUAAGAUGUAGUCAAGGACACAGACACAGCAAACAAAUCUAUAAAAGUUAGUUUUCAAUGAUUAGAAAAAUACAUCCUAAUUUGGUAUGUACAAUCUAGAAAGCUAAAAUUCAGUUUAUUAAGGAAAUCUCAUUCUUCAUCCUCACCAUUUAUUUUACUUUUUAAUUUAUUUAAACCAGCAAGUAUGUUAAAUGGAAGAUGCCCCAUUCUCAGACUAGGUAUGCAUUAGAUAAGAAGAAAAUAUAUGCGCCAGGAAAGACUGAUCCAUAACCAUGAUGUCAGGACCAAACACUUCCUACCUCAUGCUCCACACCCACAUAAAACCCUUGGGGGUGAGAGGAACAGGCCAUUUAGAGAAAAAACUACCCAGAAAAUUCUCUGCUGCAGUCAAGAACUAGGAGAGCGCUCAAACAGGAUCACCACUACUGCAGGCAGCAACAACUGCCAGAAGCUCAACAUUCUCUGGGAAAAGAUGAACCCUCUAAUGUCUACAACUAUGUAGCUGUAGGAAAAGGUACGAACCCUAGUUCGUUACCAUCCUCAAACCAAAAUAAACAGCAAGUCCAAAAUUACACCCCAAUAUGCUAUUUGCUUUGCUUGCAUCCACUCUACAGUGAUCACAAAGCCAGAGUGAUCUGUGAAUGGUAACACUUAAAUCCUUUACUCUUCUAGCUGCUUUCAGAAUCACCUCCUGUCAAUGACUGCACACAUCAAAUUGCAAUUAAGUGCCACUGCUUUACCUUUUCCCCUCAAGCUUUAAAUCUUUUGAAGACCGUAAUUAGAGUCAUACACAGCAUGGAACAGGCCCUUUGGCCCGACUCUUCCAUGCCCUCUAAGGUGUCUUCCUGAGCUAGUUGCAUUUGGCCCAUAGCCCUCCAAACCUUCCCUAUCCAUGAACCUGUCCAAAUGUCUUUAAAACACUGUAAUUGUACCCACCUUUUCCACUUCCUCUGGCAGCUCGUUCCAUGUACCCACCACCCUCUGUGUGGAAAAACUUGCCCCUCAAUUCCCCUUUAUAUCUUUCCCCUCUCACCUUAAUUCUAUGCCCUCUAAUUUUAGACUCCCCAAACUUGGGAAAAAGACUGUGGCAUACACCCUGUGCCCCUGAUGAUUUUAUAGACCUUUCCAUGAGGUCACCCCUCAGCUUCCUUCGCUCCAGGGAAAACAGUCCCAGUCUAUCCAGUGUCUCCUCAUAGUUCAAGCCCUCCAGUCCCAGCAACAUCCUUUUAAAUCUUUUCUGCACCCUCUCUAACUUAAUCACAUCCUUCCUAUAGAAUGGUGACCGUAAUUGCACACAGUAUUCCAAGUGCAGUCUCACCGUCUUGUAGAGCUGUAACACAACGUCCUGAAACUUGUACUCAAAGCCCUUUCUGAUGUAGGCAUGCAUGCCACAUGCCUUCUUCACUACCUUGUCCGCUGUGUCGCCACUUUUAGGUCUCUCCCCUAGGUCUCUGUUCUAUAACACUCCCCUGGGCCCUGUCACUAUGCAUGUCCUGCCCUGGUUUAACUUCCCAAAAUGCAUCACUUUGCACUUUUCUGAAACCUUCACUAUCAUAACACAUAAAUGCAAGAAUCAAUAAUGCAACUCAUCUUGGCUCAAUACCAUUACUAAUAAACAACAGUGAUGAGUCUAAGGCCAACCCCAGGGGGUCAAUAUUGCCUUCAACUAAUCCCAACUACGGGUUACAAUUGUACACCCAUGUGACUCCAGCCAAUGUAAAGUAUAAACUCCUACAUACAAGAUAUUACCUAUAGAAUAACCAACGUGAGGUACCUUAUUGAUGGCUUUCUGAGAAUUGAGGUGGGCUAUGUCAAGAAGAUUUAAUCAACCUGGUAAUUUCAUCAAAGAGAUCUCAAUCGACAUUUCAAAGCAAUGACCACCUUUUCCUGACUAUGUGUAUAUUCAGGUAGUGCUUUCAGAGUUGUUAAUCAGUGAUAAAAAAAUUCCAUUGGCCCACAGCUCUGUUCCAUGAAGGCAAGGUUGUCCAUAAAAAUACUAAAACAAUAAUUUGUCAUAAAGCACCUCGAGAUGCUUCAAAGAAGUUUCAGGACCCCAAAAGACAUUGAACUGUAGGAGAUACUAGGUCAGGUACACAAAUGGCUUGAUCAACAAGGUAGAAUUUAAGGAAUCUUAAGGGAGGAAAGUCUAGAAAGGUAGUGAUCUUAAAGAUCUUUAUACUUCAGAAGUAUCCUGAAAUUAUUGUAGGCUACAAAACAAUUUAUUAAAACAUAGCAGAAAAUUCAUAUGAACAGAAAAACUUGGGUCUCUAGUUUCCUACUGUGUAAUUUCCAGGUUAGCAAACAUUUUAUAAAAUGAUACUUUUUUUUAAGAAAAAUGAUUUGUAAAUAUGUAGGCUUUCAGAUGUGUUAAAUUGUUGUGCACUAUCGGGUCAAAUGACACAGCCACUGAUCUCUGCCUGUUUAUACAGCCUUUACCAUCUAAUGGUAAACCAAGUUUUGGAUGGAUGGUAAAGAUCCCACAACAGUUUUCAUAGACAACUACCAACUAAUCCUGUUUCUAUCCAACAAAUAUCACCAAACACAUUACCAUUCAUUGCUGUCGCAGACUGCUGCCAAGCAUAUCAGCAGAACGAUAGUUGUUGCACUACAAAAACUUAGUCAUUGGGUGAAGCACUUUCAAGAAUUUCAAUACAAUAAAAGGCUAAAUAAAUAAUAUUACCUCAAAGUCAAGUAUAUUGUCAUAGGCACGAGUACAUGUAUGCACAGGUGCAAUGAAAAACUUACUUGCAACAGCACCAAAGGCACAUAGCAUCAGAUAAGCAGCAUUCACAAGAAAAACAAAUGAAAUAUAAUAUUUACAAUUAGAACAAAAAACAAAGUCCAUUGUAGUGCAAAGUGGUGUUACUAUACUGAGGUAGUGAUUAGGGUUGUACCAGUUGGUUCAAAAACUGAAAGAACAAGAAAAUCCUGGCAAGAAACACUUUUGCAUCCGCACAUUUAGCAAUUAGAUCAGUGGGGAGGAGGCUAAAGAGACUUACUCUGCCACUCUUUCCACUCUCCUGUCACCCCCAUCCCUGGCUGGGGCACAAUUUCAGGGGAUUGGGGUCAAACGCACUCAAAAAUCAUGGCAAUUACUUUAGGUUGUAAUAUCCUUGAGUUCACGUACCAGCCUGUCUAGCCCUCCAAAUGCAAAUAGCAGAGAUAAAGCAUCUUUUUAAGCACCUCUCCAACAUAUUAUUGCCAGCGAUGCUGUAGACAAAUUUCUGAAAGCUUUGGUUCUGACAGCAAAAUUAAGAACACCUCAGCAAGAAUUGAUAAACAAAAAAAAAUCCAGUGUGUAAUUACAUUGUAUUUUGUGAAAAUGGAUUCAAGUAAAAUGUUAUAGCCAAUUACAGUUGUCAUAUCAUGCCCCAAUUGGGAUCAUGUGAUUCUUCAAUGGAUCUAUUAAAGGUUGUAGAGAGAGUGUGGUGGAGUUAGCUUGGA